AUGUAAAUUAAGGAAAAAGGCCGUUAAUUUAUUUUCAACGUUUGGUCAAACUGUGUCAGUAAACACAGGAAGCUACUUCCACAGUGAAGAAGGUUUCUCUUUUGGCUAUUGAUGGAAGGAGGAGGUAGAGUCGGGGUUUGGUUGAGACUAGUUCGUAAAUUAUAGAGUUACUGAAGAAUGCUUCUUAAAUUUUUAGCAUUAAAAUCGUUAGGUUCUGUUCAAAAUCAAGCUUUGCGCUUGAUUAAUAUAAAAGCAGAGCCCUGUUCGUUUGUAGACCAACAGAAAAUCAAAAGUUCCCUGGUCUGGGGAACAUAUUUGCCCGUACAGCAUUGUAGAACUAUAUACAUGAGUUCGUUCCUCUCAAAAGUGGAAGACCGUCGUGAAAUGUUGGCUUCAAUGCCAGCAAAAGAUGAAGGUACAGAGGGAGAGAAAACUGUUGACAUCGACACACUCAUAAAAAGAGCUGGAGACGGACUGUUCCCAGAUGAGACUACAUCAAAACAGUUAUUUAAUGGUACCCCCUUUGAGGAACUACCUAUAUUUAACAUAAAAGUCUCCCCAAAUAAUACAAUAAUAAGUGUAACUGAUCAUAAAGGUGUGGUUAAGCUGAUGCGGUCUUGUGGAGUUGAAGGCUUCAAGAAUACACGCAAAGGGACUAAUGUAGCUGCUCAGGCCACAGCUAUCAGUUUAAGCAUGAAAGCUUUGGAAUAUGGAUAUAAGACAGUUCGUGUUAGAGUUCGAGGGCUGGGUCCUGGUAGAAUGGCAGCAAUCAAAGGACUGCAAAUGGGUGGAAUGGAUAUCGUCUCCAUAACAGACAGCACCCCAGUCUCAUGGAAUCCACCUCGACCACGGAAGCAAAAGAAACUGUGAUUGCAUGUUUGUGUCCUAGUAAAAGACUCCAGAAAAUGUUUGUGUUGUGAUUUACUUUCAUGGUUUAUCUAUGCUAUUUUUUUGACGGUGAUAAAGGAAAUUAAAUGUGUAAAAGCAGAGAAUACUUUGUAAUAACAGAAUAGUGCCUCAUGACAGUUGUUGUGACAUUAUUUUUUUAAAAAAACCAGUCUUAUCUCAGUACAAAGGGGCCCUUUUUGUACCGCUUAUACGCAGUGAGAAGUGGUUUGUCAUUAAUUUCAUGAAUUAAACUCUGGCUCUUUUAUUCAAGGGACCUGAAAUAUCUGUUUAUCACGACGAUUUUAUUGGAAUAUAGCGAGAAAAUGCUGUUUUCUCGUCGAUCAGCAAUAUCUGGCUGCCCCCAGUUAAUUAUUCAGUUUAAACACGCGAGAAGAGGUUAGCUUUGCUAUUUAUCGUCACAGGAACGAAAUUCAAAUGUCCCGCACUUGUCAGAGGCUGCAUUUUCUCGGCACGGACGAUUUUAGGGAGAACUCAGUUCAAGUCUGGCACGUAACGCGCGCUUGGAACUCUGGGUACAGUUCCUGUGAAGAAGGCAACAUGGCUGCCAGUGCUACAUCGGGGAUAGGUGUUGAAUAAACCUGUGCGUAUUAACUUGGCUGUCGAUUCAAGCUGCUAUAUGUUGUUGAAGACCCAUUAUAUUGUAAUUUCAACGUUCUAUAUUUUUAUUAAAUUUCUUUGUGGAAUUAUACGUCGUGCUGGAGACGAGGUACGAUUUUCCCCAGUGGACACGAUAUACUGCCUUUCAAGAUGGCAGCAAAUUUACUUUGACGAAUUCGCACGAAGAUACCAGCACGCUUGCGGUUAAUUUAGUUGUUUAUUUCGCGCAUUAGCCUCUUCGGUGCGAAUUUAGUAAUGUAAAUUACAUUACUUUAUAUAUUUCACCGAAACACUUGAAGAAAUAUUGAGAUUCCACGUAUUCAAGCAGAACGAAACAUGCGACAGGUAAGACUCAGUUAUCGGUAAACAGCAUUAUAAUUAUAGAACUACUCGAAAGUAUUUGCAUAUUUUUAUAAUUUACUGUCUGUGUAGAAACCAUAUAACUGUUGGAAAGUGAAAUAAGGUGCUUCAGCCGAACUGUCUGUCUACUUGUUUCUCAGUGGGUUUUUAAAGAACGAUUUUCGUAAUUAUUGACAAAAUUAUUGGACGACGCGCAAAUUAAAAUGUUUCUGCGUAAUCCUAGGCUAUUUCUCAAGACCUGCGGUACCAAAUCUUUGCAACUUAUAGCCUCUUUGAAGAGUAAUUCAUAAUGUUUUAUAUGGUCAUGACACCCAUGCUUCAUUGUUUACAAACUGUAAACACAGUUAAAACGGUAUUAAUAAAAGGUGUUCCACCAAUUACUUUAGAUAUUUUGGUAGCGAAGGUUUAUAGUAAGUGAUGGAGAGCAAAACUUUGAAAAUCUGAGAUGGACCCUUUUUUGCAAUUUUAGCUUGAAAUAUGACAAACCUUGAGGUGGCCAGGUGUAGUAAACAUGCCCUGUAUGUACAGAUUGUACCAUGUAUAGAAACUGCGCAAUUUGAAUAGAGCAAGAUAGCUUUUGCAUGAAUGUGUGAAAUCUUUUGGGCAUAUCUCCAUUUCUUACAUGAAACAAUACAUAUUACUGUGGAAUUGAACAUUCAGUUAUAAGAAGUUAGGAAGUGAUGUAGUGUAAGACAGAGCAGGGCACAAAGACAAACUUUAGUAUUAGUAUCUUAUAUUAUCAUGUGUAUUAAGUGAAUUCCAUAUUACCUUGUCUGAACAGUGUAUACUAAACUUUUUGUGAAUUAAUCACAGCACAAGUGAUCAAUAGAAAUGAACUAAGCCGUAUCAAACAGUGUUGCUGUUUGUUUUUUUAUCCAGAAGACUCCAUUUUUAAUUUGCCUAUUAAGAUCAGUGCUGAAAAGGCUUCUUGUGUUUGUGCAACUGAAUCUAAUCUGAAGUGUUUAUUGGUCACACUUUGUUGUACUGUGUACAUAUGUGUGUAUGGAACCAAUAAAUUUAAGGUUGUGUGGAGCAAUCUCAAUAA